CUUUGUGAAAGCUCAAAGCUUGCCGCUCGGAGGAAAAUCAGACAAAACUUCGCGCCGUAGCUUUGCUCCGAUUUCUCUCCAAUGGCCGCCGACGGAACCAGAAGGCCUCAACCUUCAAUCCUUCCGCCUCGUAAGCUCAAUGUCCAGAAAUUUGCCGAAUCGCGAGCUUCAGAGCUCGACGCUCUUCACUCCAUAGUAUCGAAACGACUGAAGGAGGAUUUCCGCUCACAGAGGAACAAGCGGCGGAGGACGACCUCCUACGACAACCAAGCGGCCAAGUGGAGAUACAGAAAGAGGCAGAAGUCUGGAGCUUCCGACAUUACCGGUGCUUCCGCUCCGGAGAAAGAGAGAAUCGGCGAGAAACGGGUGCCUCGCCGGGUUCGCCGGAGAGAGGAGCUCCGGAAGAAUCCCGAGCAUGGUUUCGUUACCUCCGGCGACGGGACCAAGAGGUUGAGGACGCAUGUUUGGUUGGCUAAGAGGUUUACAAUGACGAAGCUCUGGGGAUUCCAUCUUCCCCUUGGAUUGCACGGCAGAGGAAAGGGCUCUAGAGCGGCAUUGAGGUGGUUCAAGGAGGGAGCUGUUGUUCAUGAUGCAAGUUACCAUUCAGCUGUUCAGCUGGAAGGUCCAGAGGAUUCUUUGUUGUCAGUUCUGGGAAUGGUGCUGGUGCCUUCUUUGUCACCUCAAUCGGUGGAUGCUUUCAGCUCUAUUAUAUCUGGAGUUAGUUAUGGAACUGCAAUGCUUCAUCAUGUAGGACAGCCCACCUCUCAAGCAAUAGCACCAGUGACUUACUUGUGGCGUCCCUCUACUGGUGUCAGUGGGGACAGAGGAGACAACAAGGAUAGUGCUAGUGAAGGUGAUGUGCCACAGAACUCAGAGCCUUGUUGCUCCUCUCGCCAGCUAUGGAUGUGGAUUCAUGCUUCAGCUUUUACUGAGGGAUAUGAUGCCCUAAAAUUUGCAUGUCAGAAACAGAUGAAUGAUCGAAAUGUGUCAAUUAACUGUUGUUCACUUGAAGGUCAACUUGCUAAAAUAGAAGUUAUGGGAGCCAAAGCAUCUCAGCUUCUUCAAAGGACGUUACAUCCUAUUUCUGGCACAAAUUCAGAAACUCCUUACUCCUUAAAGAAUUGCUCUUUUCUAGAGGAUCAACAGGACACUCAUGUCCUUAAGUCGUCUACUCCUGAGCAUGACAUCCUCUCGGGUUCCUCUGUUUUAUAUCUUACUGUGAAGGACCCGCGUUGCCUCCACGACAACAGUACUGAAGAUCCUUCAGAGUCAUCUCCUCCCAGCAAUGUGGCCGAUAUUGAAGCUAAAGAAAAUGCUGAAGCACUACUUCUAUCGCCCGAGUCAAAAUCUGAGGGAACUUCCCAUAGUUCAGAAAAGAAUAUAUGGGAUGUUAGAGCUGGAGAUAAUAUUCCUAUUGAUGAUCAUUUACUGUGCUUGGAAAAACAUCAAAUGCGAAGGGAUUUUAUUUGCGUCAAUGAUCCAAAGUUGGGAAGGCCUAAAGCUUGCACAGAGGUGCAGGGUUCAAGAUCAUGUCCUAUUUUGGUUCUGAAAAACCAUGACAAAAUGGACCAACCAUUAGGAUGGUCAAUUAUAGUUCCAGUAAACUGGGCCCGAAUCUUCUGGAAUCAGUUUGUAUCCAAGGAAGCUCAUGCAAUAGGUCUGAGAGAGAAACAGUGGAUAGCAUGUGAAGUCGGGUUGCCUCAUUUUCCAUCAGAUUUUCCUGAUUGUAAUGCAUACUGGUCUCAUAAGAUUGCCGAGGGUACUUGUAUAAGUAAAAAGGACGAACUAAAACCUCUUGCUGUAAGGUCUUUCGAAGUUCCCAUUCCACCACCAUGGAAUACUGUUAGUGUUAGCCUUGUGAAAGAACUUCACAGUGAGAAAGAUACAGUUAGUGGCAAACUUAAUGGAUUUGUAGCAAGAGCUUCAAGUUUGAUGAUGGACAUCUUGAAGGAAAUCCAGGGUGAUAAAUUAUUUCUGUUCCCCCAAGUUCUGAAUUCAGACUCGAGGUUGUUGGCAUCAAUGAAGGAUGGAAUCAAAGUUGGCAAUGGUGUGGAUGCUUGUAGUAAGCCUAUAAACUAUAAUCUUCAUAAACCAUGUUUCCUCAGAGUUCUCCUUGCUACAUUCAAGGAAGGCGUCAUUGAAGAAGGAGCUGUCGUGUGUGCCCCUCUUGCUAGUGACAUUUCUCUAUGGACUAAAAGUACCACUGUCAGGUUAGAUAACCUCGACACCAAGUUUCAAGUCCCUGACUCUUCUGUGAGGUCAUACUUCCAAAAGCAUUAUUCAGGAGAGUGGAACCUGCAGAUCCCACAAGAUCCUGCCAGCAUCGAAUCUCAUCGAUGGCCUAUCGGAUUUGUGACAACUGGAUUCGUCCGUGGAAGCAAGAAGCCAGCGGCACAAGCAUUCUGCGAGGCGAUUCUGUUAUCCCGCCUGAGGGAAGAACAGUGGAAAGAAAUGCCUGUGGAGCAGAGGAGGAAGGAAAUAUAUGUCCUCGUCAGAAAUCUGAGAUCCUCGGCAUACAGACUCGCUCUUGCCACUGUAGUCCUCGAACAACAAGAACACGACGUCGACUUCUUGUAAAGACAGAUUGUACGAAUUUCAUGAACUGCAACAUUCCCGCGAACAUCAAACAAC